AGAGUGUUUGUUUGAUUGAAGGAAGGACCUUGCCCAGUGUGUGAAGCCGCUCGCUGACUAAGAAAACACACUAAAGCACAUCAUGAUGCCUCAGCAGGUGCACAGACUGUUCCGUAAAUCUCAACUCAGUGUAUUCAGUGCUUUGAUCCUCCAUCAUGCUGUUGCCUUCCUUCUCCUAACACACCUUCAAGGAGGUCAGUCUCAGGCCAUUGGUCAACUUCAGCCAAUAGUGGCAAUAGUCGGUAAUGACAUCACUUUGCCAUGCCAUGUGAAAGCUGCCACGGAUGUCGUUAACGAGAUGCUGGAGUGGUCAAGACCUGACCUGAACCCGAGAUUUGUCCAUGUGAGGCGGUCUGGUGAAGACCAUUUGCGUGAUCAGAAUCCAGCCUACAAGGGAAGAACAUCAGUGUCCUCUGAUGGACUGAAAUAUGGAGAUGUUUCACUGAUGCUUUCCCACGUCAAAAUCUCUGAUGAGGGACAGUACAGAUGCUUCGUUCCAAGUAAAAACACAGAAUCUCAUCUUCACCUUGUUGCUGUAUCACAUUCUGUCGUGGAGAUAAUCAAAGUUAGCAAAGGAGUGUUACAGUGUGAGUCUGCAGGCUGGUAUCCAGAGCCUGAGGUGUUGUGGCUGGACGGUGAGGGAAAGCUCCUCUCUGCUGGACCUACAGAGACAGUCAGAGGUCCUGAUGACCUCUAUACUGUCAGCAGCAGAGUGACUGUGGAGAAGAGACACAGCAACAGCUUCACCUGUAGAGUCCAACAGAGGAACAUCAACCAGACCACAGAGACACACAUCCAGGUUCCAGAUGAUUUUAUCAUGGAAUCAUCUCACUCAACUGCUUCUACCAUCAUUGGAUUGGUUGUUGGCAUCAUGUUUAUUCUUGCAGUUCUCCUCGUUGCGUGGAAAUUGAGACAGAACACAAUCAAGAGUGGGAAAUAUUCUGUGGAUGAAGAAACUCAGAGAGUGGAUACAGGAUCAGCCUCAGAGCAGGAGAGUCUGAUAGAGGGAGAAACAGACAAAGAGAAGCUCACAACAGAGAACGGGACAAAACAGAAUCAGAACAAGAUGGAAAAAGAAAAUAACAUUGAAUGUUCAGUUGAAAAAACAGGACUUUCAUGUCAGGUAGAACAGGAAACACACCAAGAGAAGACAGAGGCAACAAAGCCUGUAUGUACUGCAACACCAGCUCAGGGUCUGCUGGAUGGAGAUGGACAACAACAGAUCAUGGCAGGAGGGCAGGCGAGGAAUGAUACUAACGAGGAAAAAAAUGAAGAGCAAACACAAACUACAAAUAAUAAUUCACCAGAUCAGACUGAUGAAGAAACACAACACAAUGAUCCCCCAGCAGGACAAGGGACAAAUAAUGAUUCAGAGAAGAGAGAGGAGCCCAAGAAAGAAGAGAGUAGUAACGGAGGAGAUGAAGCGGAGAACACAACAACUACAAAAGAAAACACAGCAUCUCUGUCUCCGGGGAAUGGACAAACAAAUCGGCUCCCAGAAGCUCCUGCACAUAGUGAUUUGAACAAGAAAGAUGCAGACAAAGACACAAACUCUACAAAUAACGAAACAGAGGGUGAGUGUUCAGCUGAUAAAGACCCAAAGCAAAGUCAUCCUACAGCAGUAGGAGAAACCAAUAAUGAUUUGAAGGACACAAAAGAAAAAGUCACUCCAGGCCCAGCAAAGAGUGAAACCCACCAAGAACAACCAGACGAAAAUGGGGACAAGAAAAAUCAAGAAGAGGGUCCAAACUCACUUGAUACAGAAAAACAAGUCAAGGUUCAGAUGGAUGGAGAUGAACAGGAGGUCAGGGCAGAAAAAGAAGCAAACAGUGACACAGACAAGCAAGAAAAUAGAGAGCAAACUGCGAAUACCAAUCCAGCAGAUCAGAUUCCAACUGAUGAAGCAACACAACACAAGGAUCUCCCAGCAUGAGGAGGGAAAAAGAAUGAGGGGGAGACUGAGAAAAAACUUAUAACUGAGGAAAAGAACACUCCACGUCAAGCAGGGGAAGAGAGACACCAAGUACAGAACAGUAACAGAGGAGAUGAAGUGGAGGACACAACAAAACUCACAAAAAACAAAACAGAUGGUGAAGGUCCAACUGAUGAAGAACCAAAAACAAAGUCAUUCGACAGCAACUGAUGAAGCGACAGCAGCAGGAGGAGGGACAGAGAAUGAUUCAGAGAAGACAGAAAACGAUGAGAACAAUCUUAUAGAAAAAGAAACUCAGGGUCCAGCAGAGGGAGAACGACCCAAAGGACAGAAUCAUAACAGGGGAGAAGGAGGGGAGGACACAACACAUGUAAAAGUAAACACUGAUGGACAAACAGGUCAGCCCUCAGAAGCAGAGGUACAGAAUAAUUUGAACCAGAAAAAUGGAGGUAAGGACACAAAAUCUACAAACAGCAAAACAGCCGAUCAGGCUCCAACUGAGGGAAAACCAAAACAAGAUGAACCACAGGCAGCAGGAGGGAGAAAACCUGAGGAAGAGACUGACAUGAUGAUUAAAAAAACAGAACCUUCCUGUCCACCAAACAGAGAAACGCAUGCCCAGCAGCAAACUGAAGUUCAGCCAGAAAACAAUCCCAACGGCAGAGACAGAGAGAAGGAUACGCCAACCAUAGAAGAAGACUCAAGCACUCCGUCAGUUAAGGAUGAAAUAAGAAAACCAGACCAGCCGCCAGCAGGAGAUGUACAGAGUGAUGUGAGGAAGAUACAAGAAGAGAGUGACAAAACAGGACCCCCAUGUCAAAUGGAGCAAGAAACAUGAAAAACAGCUCAUUAACGGACAGCCAGUACUGGACAGCCAGUACAGCAGGUGAUGGGUGAUAGAGAGGAAGAAACAAGUUCAGGAGCAAAAAAAAAAAAAAAAAUCAUAAAGAACAGAUGGACCAACUUAAACUGCAGCUGUAGAAGGUCAGGAGUCAGUGAGAGGACAAUAAGAAGACAUUUCAGCAAGAGAAGGUGGAUGAAGACAAGAUGGACCUAAAAACACAGGAGGUUGUCUUUGAAUUGACCAGUUUAUUCAGCAACAGAUACAUCCUGCAUUUUAUCUGACCCAGGCAAUAAUGAAAUUAGGCCAAUGACCUCAGCUGAGGAUCAUCUGAAGUUGGCCUCUCCCUAAUAGACACUUGUCUAUCAACUUUACCUCCUCAGUUGCUCUUCCUGAGGUUUCUACCGUUUUUUUCACCCGUGAAAGGGUUUUUUUUGGGGAGUUUUUCCUUAUCCGCUGCGAGGGUCAUAAGGACAGAGGAAUGUCGUAUGCUGUAAAGCCCUGUGAGGCAAAUUGUGAUUUGUGAUAUUGGACUUUAUAAAUAAAAUUGAUUGAUUGAUUGAUUGAUUGAUUGAUUAAAAAAAAGGAUUAAUAACAAACAAGUUUUGUAGAAUUUAAAUGUCGAAAUUUUCACCUUUCUUCAAACUAAAUUAAAUCAGUUGAUUUUUUCCCACAUUUUUGAAUGUUUGUUUUAUGGUAUAUUUUUUCCUUUUCUGUCAUACUAACAUUCCUGAACUGUUCUUUAAGAUGUUUUUUUUUAUUAUUUUCUAUUAAUUUAUGAUUCUUUUCUGCCAUUAUCUGCCAGUGAAUACUCGUCUGUACAAUAUAUCCUUCAUGAAAUAAACCAAAAGAUCCCUGUC